ACAAUAUCUGAACUUUGAUGACUUUGAUUCUAUAGUUGGAUGAUACAAAAACACAGCAGAACCCCCAAACCAUUUCCCCUCUCUUUCUCUUUUUCUCUCUUUCUUUCUUUCCUUCUUGCUCUCUCAUUUGUUGAAGAAUUAUGUCCACAUCAAUCUGUCAAGUUUAACAGACAUGUCUGGAUCGCACUGGCUUCAUUCUUAAUCUGCUCGGCAAAUGAUUGGAAGAAGACGAUGAUCGGAGCAUCUUCAUCUUCAUAAAAAAUGAAUGACUGAUGAUUAUGAAUGGAAAAAAACAUCCAGAAUUGGGGACAUAUAUUACUAAUUAACCAUAGAAAUUGGUAAAGAGAGAAUUAUGGAAGAGAUAGAGAUGUUAGAUCAUCAAGAAAAGAGUAUUGGUAGCGGAGGUGAAGAACAAGCAGAAAAUACUUCUUUAGCAUCAUCAUCACAGAAAUGCUCGUCGUUUGAUUUGAACGAAGAAGCUAGCUGUAGUGAAGAAGAUGAAGAUGAGAAGAUAACAGAAGAAGGAAGUUCAUCAGCUAAUAAUAACAAUUCGUCCUCAGAAAGAAAUGAACGGAAGAGUACAGUUAGACAAUACGUUAGAUCGAAAAUGCCUCGCCUUCGAUGGACUCCUGAUCUUCAUCUCUCUUUUGUUCAUGCUGUUGAAAGGCUUGGCGGACAAGAGAGGGCAACUCCCAAGUUAGUGCUUCAGUUGAUGAAUGUGAGAGGACUUAGCAUUGCUCAUGUGAAGAGUCAUUUGCAGAUGUACCGAAGUAAGAAACUUGACGAAGCUGGACAAGUGCUAAGCCAAGCAUAUAGAUCAAUGCAAAGAAGGGACAACACUAAUACAGGCAUGUUACCUCCUCAGAAACAAUUCAGAAUGGAAAAUGGUGGAUUUGUUUUUGCUAGAAAUUCUGUUCUUCCCCGUAUUACUGCCUUCGGACACAAUCCCUUUCCCUUGCACUCUUCCUUCUCCCAAAGGCCGUUUAAUUUCAGAACAAACUUCUCAAGUCACCAACAUUGGAGUUUUGAUCAGAAUGAAGUUAGAAGGCAAAUAAAUAGUAUGACGAGCAAAGAUCAUGAACAAGGAUUAGACGCAACAAUGCGAAUUGGGCCUUUAAGACCAAGUCGAUUUCUUGAGGAAAAGCGAUGGCCUCCAAUGGAAAUGGUUAAAAAUAGAUGGAAGAUUAUGGAAAAUCCCAAUGAAGUAACCUGCAAUACUGAACCAGAAGCACACCCAAGGUCAGCUGGGUCAACUUUAUUUGCCUCCAAUGAUUCUAUCAGCCAUUUCAAUUGCUUUAAAGCAACAUUUGAGCCUCCAUUUCGGCUUGAGCUGAAUCAAGAAAAAGUGUUGCCUGACUUGCAGUUGAGGCUAAGCCAGAGAGUGGAAUUGGAUGAGAAUAAGAGUAACUGUAGAAGCAAACAAGAAAUUAGCACUAAGCUUUCACUUUCUUAGUGCAAAGAAGAAGACUUUUUGUAAGAAAUAGACAAAUACAUUAGAGAAAGGCUAUACUGAGGCUGAGUACUUGACAAUAUCUGACUGUGUAUGUAGAAAACCAAAACACAGCGGGUUAGAUCUUUUUAAGUACUUGUCUUGUAGCCAUUACAGAUCAUAAAUUCAUGAGCAAUGCUUUUUUUGA